CAUCUCCAAGUCAUUUUAUCAAAAUUUCUUGAGCCUUAUCCACCACCAUUUCCUCCACUCCCUUGAACCAAAGAAAAACACUAGCAUUACCAUCCCUCACAAUCAGCCAUGUAAUGUAACCCGACACGAUGCAAGACACACUCCUCCAUUUCCUCUCCAACAACACCAGCAACAAAUCCUCCCCAUUUCCUUUUCCCAAACCACACAAUUUUCCCUCAUCGUCCUUCCAUGAUUAUUUCUCCCCGCUUUCUUGCCCAAGAAACCUCCAUUUUCCCUCUCUUUCCUUCAAAACAAACACCAUUUCCCUUCCUCUUAAGCCCCUCAAAACACCAGAAAUCCCCUCCAUAUCCUCACACCAUACUCCUCCACCACCAUCCAAUUCUGAAUUUCAAGAAAAAAUGCUCUACCUUGACUCAAUAGGCCUAGACAUAUUCUCCCUCAUAAACAACCACCGUCCGAUCAUCCUCACAGCCUCCUUACCAAACAUCAAAUCCAUCAUUGAUUUACUGACCUCCAAGAACUUCACUCCACGAGAGUUCCGCCGAAUCAUCUCCAUGUGCCCGGAAAUCCUCAACUCCACUCCUUCCACUAUCACCCCAAUCAUCACCUUCCUACUCCGCGAAGCCCGCGUCAGCGGCUCCGAUUUAAAACAUGUCAUAAACCGACGGCCCAGAUUGCUCGUAUCCAGCGUCAAGCAUUGCUUGCGCCCCGCUCUCUAUUUCCUAAAAAACAUUGGCCUUGAAGAGGGCCAAGGUGGAUCGAGCUCUUUUCAGUUUGCAAUUUAGUCGCCAUGCAUCUUGGCAUUUCGAAAUCGAAAUCUACCCGUCUUUUGCACGAGUCCUAGGCAACUGGCUGCGCAGGAUAACUUGAUUUGCUAUUUGUUCCGUUGAUAUGUUCCACUGAUUAUUCCUCCCAGGUAUGGGUUUUUUGUGAGAUAGAAUCAGCCUGUUCCAGAACAAACCCUGAAGACACUUGGAUCAGUGUUGCCGGUCCUUUGCCCCCAUGGCAUCACAACCCCUUCAUGGCUUAACUCAAAUCAAUGCACGGCUGAGCUAACCAACGAUGAGCCUGCUAAUCGUCAGUGAAUUCUCUCUUUCCUCCCCGUAAUCCUCGUUCAACUGUGCCCACCCAUCAAACCAUAAGCAAAAAGAAAUCGGUUCUAGCUGAUUGAAACUGAAUUGCCUCUGUUUUAUUACGGGUAGUUGCUUGUUUAAGAAGAGGUUUCUUAGGUUGAUGAGACUUUCGAUUUGGCAUAACUCCAAGCAAUUGCCGCUUUAAAACUCCCAUUCAAUAGACAACGAAGCAGAACAAUGUCACUGCAUUCUUGAAGGCAAAUGCUUUUGUUUCUGAAACAAUACUUAGGAAACCGCCGACGUAAUUAACGAGGGUGAAUGCACAUGAAGAUGGUGAAAAAAACGUUAACUGAUGAUGCUUGUCAAGAAAGAA